UGUGUGUAUGUGUGUGUGUGAUUGUGAGCUCACUGAUACACUGACAGCUGAACGAUACAAUGUAACAGCGGCGCGUGGGAAUGGAAUAACCUACUGCUACAUAGGCGCACGUAAACCUCCCCGACAGCAGUCCGCGUGGAUUAUGUGUUGAUUUGAUGAGGGCAGUCGAGAUUGCAACACGCUGAUGUCUUUACACGACCGUUUCGCACGGGAGUGAUCUUCUCGCAGAUCGCAGAGCCCGUGUUUCAUCCCGUCAUCCGCAGCUGUUACGCCCAUCAUCUGCGGCGGGGCUCCGUCGAUCAGUAGUCGUUUGUUUAUCCGUAAACACCGCGACUCAUGGGGAACAGCACAUCAUGCUGCGUGUCGUCCAGCCCGAAGCUCCGGCGGAACGCGCACUCGAGGCUGGAGCCGUACCGGCCCGAACCGGAGCUGAGCCGAGAGGACACGGGCUGCAACCUGCAGCACAUCAGCGACAGAGAGAACAUAGACGAGCUCAACAUGGAGUACAAUCCUUCGGACCACCCGCGUGCCAGCACCAUCUUUCUCAGCAAGUCUCAAACAGACGUUCUUUUACCCAACAAGAAAGUUCGGGAAAAGCGGAAAAGUCUAUAUGUCAACCAUUUAACACACAUUGCGGAGUCAAAGCAACAUCCGUCUGGUCCAAUGAGACGCAAGUACAGCUCCUGUUCAACGAUCUUCCUGGACGACAGCACCGUCAGCCAACCCAACCUCAAAUACACCAUCAAAUGUGUCGCCCUCGCAAUAUACUACCACAUAAAGAACAGAAAUGUGGACGGACGAAUGCUGUUAGACAUUUUUGAUGAAAAACUUCAUCCACUUUCAAAAUCUGAAGUGCCGUCAGACUAUGAUAAGCACGACCCAGAACAGAAACAGAUCUACCGAUUCGUCCGUACACUUUUCAGUGCCGCCCAGCUCACGGCUGAGUGUGCCAUAGUUACUCUGGUGUAUCUGGAGAGAUUGUUAACAUACGCAGAGAUCGACAUUUGUCCUGCUAACUGGAAAAGGAUUGUUUUGGGUGCCAUCCUGUUGGCGUCAAAAGUGUGGGAUGAUCAGGCCGUAUGGAAUGUUGACUAUUGUCAGAUUCUCAAAGACAUCACCGUGGAAGACAUGAAUGAGUUGGAGCGACAGUUUCUGGAGCUGCUGCAGUUCAAUAUUAACGUUCCAUCAAGCGUCUACGCCAAGUACUAUUUUGACUUGCGUUCGCUCUCUGAGGCGAACAACCUCAGCUUUCCCCUGGAGCCUCUCAGCAGAGACAAGGCCCAGAAACUCGAGGCGAUCUCCAGGCUUUGUGACGACAAAUAUAAAGACUUGAGAAAAGCAGCCAAGAAGCGCUCAGUGAGCGCAGAUAACCUGACAGUGGUCAGAUGGUCGCCGGCCAUCAUUUCCUAAUAACGGUUGACGCUGGGGACUUUGCGAGAGACUGAAAGAAACAGACUGUCAGAAGAGGAAGCGUUCUCUAAGAGGACACAUACGUGCUUAAUACCUCCGCAGGACUCUUGAGCCAGAGGUUUUUGUUCUAAAGAGUGUCGUACGGCUGCUGUAUAUACAAGACACCCACACAAAGAUCACUUUCCAACCUGUGGCUUAGAAGAGAGAGAGGAGGACACUGCUACCGCAGUUCAGAAAAACCAGAGGACGUGAAUGAAAGGAUAUAAACGAGGGAGAAAGACGCUCCAAUGACUGGAACAGCAUUCCAACAGCUCUGUGUCAUACGUGUUUGCCAUUCUAGGUGAGGAAGUAUUCGUACUGUGUUUAUUGAUCUUGUAUGGUUAGAAAAAAAAUCUCACCGGGACGCUCACGGAUGUCUCGCAUCAAGAUCAAGAGCCAAAAUCAACCACUUCUCAAGAAAUUUCCUAAAGCUUCUUCCAUUCCUUAAAGUAUUUCUCUCCAAAUGGCUGUGAGCUGAUCAAAGUAUAAAAUGACCACUGUUCUUACAUACUGUUAUUUAACAUUUUAUCGCAUUAAGAUUUAUUUUAAAUGGAAAAAACAUUCGUAAUUGAUCUAAAGUCAAACAAUGCAAAUCGAUGGGAAAAUAUACAAUUUGGACCUCUGUGUUUAGUCUGAUUAUUUUAUGUUUUGUUCUGUUUUCAACUUGUAAUACUCGAUAAAGGCAGUUUGCACCAUUUAGUCUUACUAUCUAAGCGUAAUGGAAGUUGUCUUUGUAUUUUCAAAAGGAAGUGUUGUGGAAGGUUUCCAUAUGAAGUUUCCUUUUGAAACACAAGAUUCGAUAAUCGAAAGCCUAAUGUACAAUGUCAAAAUAGACUGAAAUUGGAAGUUUUAAUACUGAAAUCAAAGGUUUUUCUUCUGACAUUCCAUCAUUAACAUGUAUAACCUCCAUAUUCUUGUCGCGAUUUUUUUUUUUUUUUUUUUUUUUUUUAAUUAACCUCAACAAACCCCAGAUUUACACAUGCUGUGUUACUCCUUUCCAAAUUCUCAAAGCAAUACAUGCACUGUGCUCUAUUCCGUACAAUAUCUCCUGGAAAGAUUGGAGCGGAUAUUUGAAAGGCUGCUUGGGAACUUCCAGAUGGCACUGAGUCCAAAUUUGUUGUUACAAUUGGUGUAUUAAAGUGAGGCUCUUAGUGCCACUGUGGAUUGUUUGGACGGAUUGCAAUGUUUUAUUUUCUCAAUUACGAUACAUCAAACCAGAGACUGAAUUGAAUUGUGAGAGAAAUGAAUUCCUGCUGUAUCCACUGCCAUCACCUGCGGUGCCUGCGUGUAGCGGGAAAAUGGCCUUAGAUCUAGAAUAUAAAAUUAACCAUUUUAUCUUAAGUUCUCAUUAAAACAGCAAAAGAUGUCUUUAGACAGCAAAAUUAGUUUUGAAAUCGGUUCUUCCCAAUUAAACGAUAAGCAAGUGUUGAAUUACGCCAUCAGAUGUAUAGUACGUGCGAUGAUGAUUCGUUAUAUUAUCUGUUGAGAGUGACCGAGAAAUUUUCAUUUGUGAGACUUCAUUCAGAAACACCUUGAGAAUUAGAACUUCCAAAAAUAUCUUUUGUAUAUUGUACAUACUUAAACAUACGUAAAGAAAUUAAGAUAUUUAUAUGUGACCAGUAUUUACUUUUGUUAAUUCCCAAAUCCUGGACAAUUGUGGAUAAAAAAAAAUGAAAAAUAUAAAUAUGUCAUUUGUUUUAUCAGAACUAAGUAAAUCUUCUGGGAUCCGACACCGUUUCUAAGCGCUGUCAUUAAAGUGUUUUUUGUUUGUUUGUUUGUUUAAAGUCAUAUUCUUCUGUCCUCAGUUGACUUUCCCAGUCUGACCUCAUGAUAAAUAUGUAACUGCGGGAACGUUUUCGCAAGAGCCGAAAUACGUACCAAUAAGUACAUAUCACUGCAGUUUCCAACAGAAAUGUCCACUGAGUAGUGCUAAAAAAAAGUGAUCGUUUUCUUUUCUCUCAGAAUAGAUGAAUGUAUAUAUGGUGCGUUUUGCGAAUGUGAUGUAUAAUGACGUAAAAAUGCAAUUGCAAGCAUCAUUUUCGCUUGUUUUUCGAUUUCUCAUUUUUCAUCUAUCAGCUUUUUCAUUGGGAGCCAUUUUUCACAAGAUUCAUACCCAAGGAUUUCGCAUCCUAAGUCCGAUUCUGUGCUGGCUGACCCACCGCGCUGUAAUCAUAACUGUCUACGAAAACGAUUACGUUGCUCGCUGUUUUACUGCCUCUAGUGUUCAUUUCUGUUGGAAACUGCAGUGAUAUGUAACUAUUUUCACGAGACCCAAAAUGCCUACCAAUAAGUACAUAUCACUACAGUUUCCAACAGAAAUGUCCACUGAGUGGCGUUAAAAAAAAGUGAUUGUUUUCUUUUCUCUCGGAACAGAUGAACAGAUGAUAUGGUGCGUUUUGCAAAAAACGAAUGUGAUGUAAAAUGAUAUAAUGGCGUAAAAAUGCAAUCACAAGCAUGCUCUUUUAGCUUGUUUUUCGGUUUCUCAUUUUUCAUCUUUUAGCUCUUUCACCGUGAGCCAUUUUUCACAAGAUUCAUACCCAAGGAUUUCGCAUCCUAAGUCUGAUUCGGUGAACUACCGAGCAAACUUGUUACAUCUGGAAAGCAAAACAUAUGGAGCUGUAAUCAUAACUGUGUAUGAAAACAAUCUCGCUGUUUUACCACCUCUAGUGGACAUUUCUGUUGGAAACUGCAGUGGUAUGUAAUUAUUUUCGCGAGACCCAAAAUACUUAAUAAGUACAUAUCACAACAGUUUCCAACAGAAAUGUCUACUGAGUGGCGCUAAAAGAGUGUUUUUUUUUUUUUGUUUUUGUUUUUUUUUUGUUUUCUUUUUUCCUCGGAACAGAUGAACAUAUAUAUGCUACGUUUUGUACGUGUCACCGUAGUUCUGUGUCCAUUGAGUGGCUACUUCCCGAUAGUAUGAACAAAAGCAAAUGUGACAUAAAAACGCAAUUGCAAGCAUGCCAUUUCAGCUUGUUUUUCGAUCCGUCAUCUUUCAGCUCUUUCAUUGUGAGUCAUUUUUCACGAGAUUCAUACCCAAGGAUUUCACAUCCUAAGUCUAAUUCGGUGCCGGCUGACCUACCGAGCAAGUUGUUACGUCCAGAAAGUGAAACAUAUGGAGCUGUAAUCAUAACUGUCUACGAAAACGAUUACAAGUGCUCGCUGUUUUACUGCCUCUAGUGUUCAUUUAUGUUGGAAACUGCAGUGAUAUGUAAUUAUUUUCACGAGACCCAAAAUGCCUGCCAAUAAGUACAUGUCACUGCAGUUUCCAACAGAAAUGAACACUGAGUGGCUCUAAAACAGUGUUCGGUUUCUACCCUCGGAACAGAUGAACAUAUAUACGCUACGUUUUGUAUGUGUCACCAUAGUUCUGACUUGAAAUGUCCAUUGAGUGGUGCUAUAACUCUGUUUCAUGACGUUUUAAAAUAACAUACCAUCUGCACUAUACCUAACCUUCCCGACAGUAUGAACAAAAGCGAAUGUGACGUAAAAACGCAAUCGCAAACAUGCCAUUUCAGCUUGUUUUUCGAACUCUCAUCUUUCAGCUCUUUCAUUGUGAGCCAUUUUUCACAAGAUUCAUACCCAAGGAUUUCGCAUCCUAAGUCCAAUUCGGUGGCAGCUGAGCUACCGAGCAAGUUGUUACGUCCAGAAAACGAAACAUAUGAAGCUUUAAUCCUAACUGUCUACGAAAACGAUUACAAGUGCUCGCUGUUUUACCGCCUCUAGUGGACAUUUCUGUUGGAAAAUGCAGUGAUAUGUACUUAUUUUUGCGAGUACUUAUAUCACUGCAAUUUCCAACAGAAAUGUCCACUGAGUGGUGCUAAAAAAGUGUGUUUUUUUUUUUUUUUUUUUUUCCCUUGGAACAGAAGAACGUAUAUAUGAUACGGUUUGUAUAUGUCACCGCAGUUCUGACUUAAAAUGUCCAUUAAGUGACAUUUUGUCCAUUUAAGCUAAUGUCCAUUAAGCUGUAACUCUAAUGCUCCGUGACAUUUUAAAAUAACAAGCCAUCUGCACUACACCUAAACCUACCCAAUAGUAUGAACAAAAGCAAAUGUGACGUAAAAACACAAUCGCAAGCAUGUGAUCACUCGUUCAUGUUUUUCACAGGAUUUGUACCCAAGGAUUCCGCAUCCUAAUUCAGUGCCAGCUGAGCUACCAAGCAAGCUUGUUACGUCCAGAAAGUGAAACAUAUGAAGCUGUAUACGAAAACGAUUACAAGUAGUCGAUGUUUUACUGCCUCUAAUGGACACUUCUGUUGGAAACUGCAGUGAUAUAUACUUAUUUUCACGAGUCGCGAAAUAUGUACAAAUGUUCCCACAGGCACGUUUUCAUCAUGAGAUCAGGUAGGACUUUCCAGUUGAAUUAAAACUGGAAUUCACCAUCACAAAAAUGAUGUAAAGCAAUUUAAUAAUGUUAUGUUGACAUGAAUGUAAUUCUGCAAUAUCUUUUUUUUUUUUUUCUUUUUCAUUUCUGCAGCAAUGAAAAAGCAAUUUUCCUUAUUUAAUUGCUGCAGAUGACAUCAAAAUGACCAUCAUUUUCAAGCAGUAUGUGUUUAUGCUUACAUUAAUUAUAAUCUUUUUUUUUCCUAGGUAUUUUAUCUCAAAUGCCCAAAAAAAGUCUUAACACUUUUACUUAAAUAGUUUAAUCUAAAUAUAGUGCACACUUUGUGUCUUUUGUAUACAAUACAGUAUAUAGGCUAUGUGAUGCUAACAUAUCCGACUGGACAUACAAAGGUUAUACGUUUCUUGCAAAAACAAAAGAAAUUAGAAAUUAUAUUUUGCAUUCAAAAUUAAGCCUGUGCUAGGACCAUAAGAUUUUAAUGUUUUGAGAAAAAAUGUGGGCUUAAUUCAUACAAUAUAUAAUUUUUAAUUUCUUUUGAUUUUGGGGUGAAAUAUGACCCUGAAAUAUUCUCGACAGGUUUUGUGAGAAUCACCCCCCGAGCAAAGUACUCAUGUUUAGAGUCAGAGACAUGAUACUAGACUAAACGUAUAACUAAGGCAGAGAACCCACAUGUUCAUUUUGGUUCAUUUCCUAAAGAUAAAGAAAGUUUAAUCAAAGUUCUUCUCUAGGAGGAUCUGUUCUUUGCAAAUGGUGGCGCUUUAGACUCCCUUUGCACAUUUUAAGAGUGUUGGAAACUGUUGAAAUCAGGGAAAACGUUCAAGAAGUGUCUUUGGGGAGGCAAACGGAAUCAUGAAUCGAAAGACUGAGCAUUUGAAAAGCAUUUGAAGAUUGUAUUAUUCUAUUUAUUUUCUGUGAGCAUGUGAGGAUGCAGCCCAGCGUUGAAUCUGAAGACGGUGUUAUAAACUCCUAAAAGUCUUAGCGAAAGGAGGCAGUUGGCAGGCGAGUGGCGAGUUUUAGCCGUGUGCACUGAACUCUACCUCUGCAUAGAGUUUUUGUUUCUUAUUUAAUACCUCUCUCUGGCUCUUUCUGUCUGUUUCUCUCUACUUUCUCAUUUUCAUUGCAAUUUCUAGGAAAUUACAAAUUCAAAUCUUUCAGAACAUUUCUACUAUAAGUGGUUUCCUGUGAAAAAACAAAACAAAAAAAAAAAAAAAAAGAGAGAAAA